CAGCCUGCGCGGCUGCUGCCUGAGGCCCAGCCGCGGUGGGCCGCUACUGGCAGCGGCCUCCUGCCCACCCGCUCGGGGGACCUCCUCUGUUGUCCCCUCAGCGGCCACUCCGCUCAGCGCACACCCCCAGGCCUCCUGUCAGGGCAGCCACCUCGGUGGCUACCAACAGUACCGUCGCCGCCGCAGCCGGCCGCGCCGCGGCCGAGGUAACUGCCAUGUCAACCUCGGGGGAUGGAGAUCCGGCCUCGGGCGGCCUGGACGGCUCCACGGGCGCGGAGGGAGCGCCGGCCGGAGCGACCAGAGCCGGAGACGGGGCAGACCGCGGCUCCGGGCCCCACGGGGACCACGACGAUUCCGGGUCCCCCCCAGGCGUCGCGGCCUUGGAGGCCAGGAGGGCCGCGGGAGGCCCGGGGGAGGCGGCGGGCCUGGUAGCGGCCCUGGAGGGCGGGAGCUCCGAGGAUGACUCAGACAUCGGGCCGGUCCAGGACGAGGACGGGGAGGAGGAGCCCCCGGAGGUCCUGGAGGUCGAGGUGGACGCUCACCAGUUCCCCAUGGUUGGCUUCCGCUUCGUGUUCCUGGAGCUGGUGCAUUCGAUGCUGCGCCGCAUCCACCACAACGACCACGUCCUGGUGCGGCCCCGCAGCGGCCGCGUGGUGGUGCGGCCCAGGGCCCCCUCGCCCACGGGCUCAGCCAUGCUCCCCGUGCCCCCGGCGCCCGGGGGGCCGGGAGAGGGGCCCGCGCUGAAGGCCCAGGAGCCCGAGGAGCCUGAGGACCCCGACGAGGACGCCUCCUGGGAGACCCCCGAGGAGGGGCCGGCGGAGGAGGCCGAUGAUGAUAUCAGCGUUUGGGAGAUGGCAGAAGAGACCAGCACUCCUGAGGGUAAGGAGCCGGCCGGGGUGCGGGGGCUGGGGGCCCAGCCUGCGGGACCCCGGCUCAGCGGGGCCUUGGCAGCUGAGGCCGUGGGAGUCAGGGAGCCCUCCACCAACUGA